GCGAAGGGGCGUCAAGGAAGGGGCCGGGCCUCCCUCCCUCGCUCCACUCCGCGAGGAGGCACCCGUGGGGCUGAGGGCGGCAAGGAAGGAAGGAGGCCCCUGAUGGUGGGCGGCGGAGGAAGCAUGCGCUCCGUCAGCUACGUGCAGCGGGUGGCGCUGGACUUCGGCGGGAGCCUCUUCCCGCACGCCGUCUGCCUCGGAGACGCCGACAACGACACGCUAAAUGAGCUCGUGGUGGGAGACACCAGUGGAAAACUAUUUAUAUACAAGAAUGAUGAAAGCAAGCCUUGGAGUGUGCGCUCAUGUCAAGGAAUGCUUACCUGUGUUGGUGUUGGAGAUGUGUGCAAUAAAGGAAAGAACUUAGUUGUUGCAGUGAGUGCUGAAGGCUGGUUCCAUCUCUUUGACCUGACUCCACACUCAAAGCACCUGGAUACCUUGGGUUACCAUGAGCUCCCAGCAGCCGAUGACCCAAAACUGGGAUUCAAACAGCACAUUCCCGCCAACACCAAAGUUAUGCUGAUCAGUGACAUUGAUGGAGAUGGAAAAAGCGAAUUGGUGGUAGGUUAUACAGAUCGUGUGGUGCGGGCCUUUCGCUGGGAGGAGUCAUCUGAGAGUUCAGAGCAUAUAUGUGGACAGCUGGUGCUACUCAAAAAGUGGCUGCUGGAGGGACAGGUGGAUAGCCUCUCUGUAAAUCCAGGCUCCGAUUGUGCUCCUGAGAUGAUGGUGUCACAGCCUGGAUGUGGUUAUGCAAUACUCCUCUGUACUUGGAAAGGACAGAAGCAGCCUCCAAUAGAAAGGACAGACAGUUCUGCAACUAGCAGGGACUCUCCAGUCCGCGAUGUCAUCCUCCACCAGACAUCAGGUCGAAUUCACAACAAGAAUGUUUCCACCCACCUCGUUGGCAAUAUUGGCAGAGGAUAUUCCAAAGAGAACAGUGGUGCCGGUCUAUUUGCACUCUGCACUUUGGAUGGGACACUGAAACUUAUGGAAGGGGCAGACAAGCUGUUGUGGUCAGUGCAGGUUGACCACCAACUUUUUGCUCUAGAAAAACUGGAUGUCACGGCAAAUGGACAUGAGGAGGUUAUUGCGUGUGCUUGGGAUGGACAAACUUAUAUCAUAGAUCACAACAGGACCGUGGCUAGGUUUCAGGUUGAUGAAAAUGUGAGCGCCUUCUGUGCAGGCCUCUAUGCCUGCAAAGGAGAGCGCAAUAGUCCUUGUCUAGUAUAUGUCAGUUUCAACCAGAAGAUCUACAUCUAUUGGGAUGUUCAGUUGGAGAGAAUGGAAUCCACCAAUUUGCUGAAAGUGCUAGAGUGCAACUCUGAAUACCGAGAUCUACUACUACAGCUGAAUGUUGUUGAUGGUGAUGUUCCUGCUAUCAAAGAUCUGAUUCACAAGACCUUAUACUUUCCAGAGGAGCAGCUAAAAGGCCCUUCUUGUGAUCCACUCCCUGCUACAACACCCAGCUUGGCUGGGAUUCAGGAAACCUUAUGAGAAGAUGAUAAAAAAGCAGACCACCCACAACACUGCUUCCCAUGUCUUCUGAGUCCUUGCUUGGCAUCCAAAGCAGUGUUACAAAGAGACUUCAGCAAAGAAGUUGAAAAGCAAAGUCCGAAAAUGAUAACAAAAUUUUGACCAAAGGCAAAAACAUCGUUUCCCUCUUUUUCCCCCUCAUAAUUCUAAUUGUUUGUGUUGGUCAUUUUCUCUUCUGACACAAAACAUCAACACUGAAGUUGAGAAGUACAAAGAUGAAAGCAGAGAAGUGAUUGCAGAAGGACAUUUGUUUUUGGUUGUACUUUUUUGUAGUUGUUUAUUUUAUUGUAAUCUAUUUAUCACAUGUUUGUCUCCCCCUUAAAACGUCAAUAUGUUGUUAUUCAUAAUGUAGACAGGAUCAGCAUUAUCAAAUUAAUAUUUUGAGCUAAAUCCCAAAUGGAUAAACCUUUUUCAUAUACCACUAGCUGUCCCUUGCCACGCAUUGCUGUGGCCCGUCUGUUGAUCUGGAAAAUAAAGUAAUGAGAAAGUGUUGGUUUCUAA